CCCGAUUAGCUCCACAACUGUGCGCGAAUCUCGACAUCUUCCCAUCGUCCCAUCUCCCUCUCUCUCCACGGACCCGAGUGCGAGGCAGUUCGAUUCGAAGCCUGGACUCCGAUCGUGUUCGAUUAUCUGUUGACAAUCCCGUCACCUCGGAGCGGCGAUGAGAGCCACCUCCUGAACGCGAAGGAACUUGUUCUUGCACGUCCGUGCAGAUUUGCUAGAGGGUUUAUUGGGAUCUCGGAAUCAUGGGAAAGUCCAAACAUGACCAGCCGUUAGAGACCAUCGACACCAAAUCCUUCAGUCCGAAAACUGGACUGAUCGAUGCUGCUUCCAUCGCCGUUUAUCGGUCGAUUUACAACACGUACACCGCAAAGCAUGGAGCUAAGAGUGACGCAGAGCCGCACAUGAACUCGAAGAUCGAGACGCGGUUACACACAACGGUGGAUGAGCAGAAGAAGAAAAGAAAGAGGGAUAUGACUUCGGUGGCCAUGUCGACAGCAGCAGGAACUAUGGUUCCAUUCUCGGGGAUACCCAUCAUGGUGGCCACGACGAUGGUGCAGUGUGUUGGAUUCUCAGCCUCUCUAGGACUGAUCCCGAUUGCCAACGUCCGGUCGCUCUCGGAUGCGCAGAGUCUAGCCAAGCAGCUGACGGCCACUCUCGAAAAAGCGUCAACCAGCGGAUUGAAAGCUGCACUGGAAGCAUUCAUUCUGGAGGCGUUGAAACAAGCUGGAAUAGGCUACUGGUUGUGGGAUGAGAUUCUGAAGAGCACCGUCACCGAGAUCACUUCUGGUGUCGUCACAGAAGCAGCUUGGAUCAUGACUCCCUUGUUCAUGGCUCCCAAAUAUAUGCUCCAUCGAAAACUGAUCAAGAAAAUGUACGCUUCUCUGGGAGAAAAGGCCAUCGUUGUACACAAAGCCUGGGUGACUGAUCAUCUGAUCUUGGGCAAACCAAUUUCCGAAAAUGAGAUUCUGAGCGAUGCAAUUCCUGAUGCUUGUCCAGCUGCUGCUCCUGCUGCUGCUGCUCCUGCGGCUGCUCCUGCUCCUGUCUCUCAUAAUGGAUUCCCAUCGGCUUAUCCGGGUGGCCUUCCAGCUCCCAACCCAAUUGGUUAUCUAGCGACAGCCCACAGCCAACUGCAGUACGAGUCCAAUUCCCAGCCACCACCGCAGUACUACAAUCAGCCGGGCUAUCAGGCCCAAGGUCAAUACAAUCAAUUCCCGUCUUCAUACUCUUCGGGCCAAACAAACUCCGCGACAGGACAUCAAUGGUAUGGACCUCCGCAAUCGCUGGCUCAGCAAGGAACUUAUGAUCCGAACGCACAAGCGCCUCCACCGGGUCCUUACAAUCACGACGUGCACCUCAUGCACACUCUGUCUGAGCCUCAUAUGCUGGGAUCGCAGUCGCACGAUCCUGCACAAGUGGCUCUUUUCAAUGGAGCUCCAAAUUAUCCGCAGUCUGGCUAUUACCCUCAGCAAGGGCAGAAUGGUCAGAAUGGGUACAAUUACCAGGGGCAUCAACUUGGGCACGCCCCAUCUGCUCCACCUGCAGUAGCUUCUGGGCUCUCCGAAACUGCUCAACAAUGGCAGAAUGGCCAGAACCGCCCCGCAUACAACAACCAGCCCCAAGGAGGUUACAAUCCUGCAUGGAAUCAGCCCUCGGGUCCUGGAUUCUCGCAGGAACAGGCCGGAAGUAGCCAGCAGCCACAGCACCAAGGGCAGUCGCAAUCUGCUCCACAGUCCGGACAGCAGCAACAGUUUCCAUCGCAGUAUUCUUAUGCGGCACAAAGCACGCAGCAGACAAUGUCAUCGUACUCUCAACCUCCUGCAGGUUACCCCGGCCACAACCAGCAGUAUUCUCAGAGUGCGCCGGGCCCUUAUCCAUCUCAACAGGGUCCAGGUCCAGGACAGAUGCAGGGAGGCCCAAAUGAUUACUACCGUCCUCAACAAGGACCAGGACAAUGGCAAGCAGGCAGCGGUGCACCGGGAAACUAUCCUCCUCAACAAAGCCAUCAACAAAGGCAGGUAGAUCCCAAUGCACCUGGAGACCAUCCUCCUCAGCAAGGACCAGGACAAUGGCAAGCAGGCAAUGGUGCACCGCCAAACUCUCAUCUCCAACAAGGCCCUGAACAAAGGCAGGCAGAGCCAGCCUGAAGUGGACCGAGUCUGGAAUCUUGUCCACGAGACAUUCGGAUGGAGAGAACACUGAGUUCGGAAAUAAAACGGGUGCUUUCUGGUGACUGCUUCGGGCGUCCUCGUACUGUACUUCACUGAGUUUUGUUUUGGGUUUCAGCACCAAAUGCUAAGGUUGUUUCUGCAUUGGCUGAUAGCAACCAGGAAAUGAGAAAGCUGCGUGGGACCAACGAGAAACAAGGGUCGGAAAAUCGAGCACGUUUCAGAACAGAAACCUGUGCUCUAAAAUCACUGCUCGGUCGCAGGGCAUCGGUCUUUUCUGCGAGCCGCACAUCAUUGCACGCAAUCACGUCCACUUCGUUAAUGAAUUAGUAGGCGGACAACAUCUUGUAAGUUCGGGGAGUUCAUGUACAGGUUUAAGACAGACGGACGGACGGUGGCAAGAAUUCUGGUUGGGAGCUACUUCAGUCCACAUCAAUUUUGUUAUGUACGUAUUUCGAAAGAACAGAAGACUGACGCAUUACUUAGAUUGAUCAAGGGUUUAGGUAAUAAGACAUAUCUAUAGGGCCCCUAGAGCUACCCCUUGACAUCAACUUCUCCAGAUUCACCCUCCUACGGAGUAUUACAUCUGUAACAUAUAGUCUUGAAUUAGCCACAGCAUAUACUGUACGUCAUUAGUGCCAGUAUUACGGUAUUUGUCCAGGGUGUUUUGACAUCCUCGCGGGAUAGCGCAGAGGAUAGGCGUGACGAACUUGAGAUUCCAGGUCCAGGGUGAACUCCACCCGCAGGAGUGCUUCAUUAGUGCAGAGUCGACGUGACUGCCUGUGGCCAACGCGAAAACAGCGACCCCUCAUGAAGGGACCCCGCACUUGAUCUGAUAAACAUGUAAUGGAAGUGAUCUAUUGUUUCUAUUUCACGAAAGUACACAAAA